UUCAAGUGGAUUAAAGGCCAUAGCGGAAGCAUCGGUAAUGAUGGUGCGGAUAAACUAGCAGGGAAAGGCGCUGAAAAGGAUGAAAUUGAUCAGAUUGACCUUUCUGUAGACCCGAAAUGGGACCUAAGCGGAGCGGACCUUGGAGCGAUGACCCAGGCACUAGCAUACCGAGCUUAUAUGGAACGAGCAAAGGUACAAGCCCGCCCAAAGACAACGGUGAUGCUCAACACGAUUAGGGCAGCCUUAAAAGAAAUAAUGCGUAGAAGCCCGUCAGAUGCACUAAUAUGGAAAGCACUUUGGCACAAGGACUUUACCAGGAAAGAACGGGACUUCUUCUUCUUCAUCGUACAUGGCACAUAUAAAAUAGGUGCGUACUGGAAUAAUAUCCCAACAAUGAACCAUAGAGCGAUAUGUCAAAAAUGCGGGGUGACAGAAGAUAUGGAACAUAUCCUCGUAAAUUGUGACACACCAGGACAAAAGGAAGUCUGGCGUCUGACAGAGCUAUUCUGGCGUCAGAAACUCCCUAGCAGGUGGAUAAAACCAUCAAUAGGUUCCAUCGCAGGAUGUGCAUUGAUUCAUUUCUCUGACCAAGAAGGUAAAUCAAAACCUGGAGCGGAUCGACUAUACCGAAUGUUGAUCGCAAUGUCGGCGAGGCUCAUAUGGAAGCUCAGAUGUGAACGAGUAAUAAGGACGGAAGAGGACCAUUCUGUUCGUGAAAUACAAAACAGAUGGAGGAAGGAAGUCGACGUCCGCCUCCGUAUGGACAGGGCCAUGACUCACCCUCGUUUUGAGAAACAAGCACUCUCAACGAAUGCGGUUCUCCGUACAUGGAGCCGCACCAUCAUGAAUGAAGAAAACUUACCGGACUCGGGGUGA